UUUCAAACUAGAUGAGCAGGAGGCGCUCAUGAUGUAUGUUCGUCUCCUGCUGUUGCCUAGUGACAGUGAAAGGGAAGAUCACCAUGGCAACAGCAAAAAGCCUCUGGACAAGAAAGUGAUCCUCUCAGCCGUUUCUAUGAUCCAAAAAAGAGGAGCUCUCGUUCAGAUGCUGAAGGCAAAUGUAGAUAAGAUUGACUGCUAUGACUACGAGAUGCUUCGCCUAGUUCUAGGUAUCAUCAGCGAUAGCUGCUUAGAUGUGACGGAUCAAACCCAUUCUACUGAGGUGGGUCUGCAACUUCUGGACUACCUAGAGGCAUAUACACGUCGUAAGCCCCCGUCAGAGUAUGAGAUCAUGUUUCAACAGAGUGGAGAAGAUGAAGGGCUGAUGCUUACCACAAAACCGCUACCACCGCUCUCAAAGACAAGACUACCAUUCCAUCCUCUGCUGAAAGGUGGACAGUGGAAAAUUCUCUGUCGUGAACUCAGUGAAGACACUCUGAGUGAACUCCUCCCUAUUGCUGAAGUACUACGGCUUUCCACCGAUCAGCUGUAUGUAACCACAAUCCAGAACAUAGUCAAGGCAAGACAGCUGGGUCAGAAGGUUGCUACAGAUGAAGAUGGCGGGGGCGACAAAGGAUUCCGGCCACCCUGUAAGCUGGACAUGGAUACUCUAGCUAAGGUCAAGAACAUUCUGCUCAAAGUAAAGCAGCCUGAGAUGGCCGUAGUGACGGCUAGAUUCAUAGCCAAGGAGCUCCAAGUCAGCAAACAGAAGGAGAUGGCUCUGAAGAUGUGUGAGCGACUAGCUAGUAGAUGGCAAGAGUUAAGUGAAGAAGGGACUCCUGACCACCAGAAGGCUUGUGCCACUCACCAGCGUCUAGUUGCCGAGCACCGAGCUGUCUGCACGGAGGAGGCUCUCCGGAGGCAUGGCCUGGCCGAUCCUUCGCACGUUCAGAUGAUCGCUACACCCGCUAAGCUCAUCUUCAAGCUCUACGAACACCCUAGCAUUGAGCAGCGUCUGCAGGGUUACCAGCAUAACCUACCAGAUAUCAAUGCUGCAGUGGAGGAGAUUGCCAAGAUAAACAACAGUAAUUUAGAGAAGAUUAGAAUUCAUCUGAUGGAACAAUGGAUGCCUCAACCUGUCAUGAGCAAACAAGAAGAAACGACCAUGAACUUCUCAUUUGGGUCAUCAGGAGAGGAUGAGAUUCCAGAAGAAGAGAGAAGUCUCAUGAGGUUGAAAUAUCUGCUGCAGAGACAGAAUCCAGAGAGUACAGUCCUCUUCUUACUGAAUGUUGCAUUCAAGCAAACCUCGACUCACGUCACUACAGGGUGCCAGGUGAGGGCACUACGUUGUCUCUUCUCUCUCUCCGAUGAUGCUGUCAUUUCUCAAGUCUCCAAACAGUCUGCCUCUGAGCUCAGAGAGUACUUGAAGAAUCUGGUGUAUCUGAGUGAGUUUGAGGCUCUCAACAUUGCCAUGGAUCUGUCCACAUUGACAUCCUCUAACAAGGCCAGUCUGGUCAGGGGUCUAUGGAAGAACCACAACCAUGAGCCCAGGAGUGUUCAGCUGAUUGCCAAGCUUUGUCUAGAGUACGAGGUCCAUGACAAACAUCUCUGGAACAGUAUGCUCCAGCAGCUGCAGAAAUUUGGAAUGCUGGAUUAUUUGGAGUAUGUAUUGGUCCAACUAGCUGGGCUAAGGGAACUGAGGUCCAUUCAGUGUCUGCCUAAGGUGUGGUCUGUCAUCCUCGCUACUCCGUUCAUGUCAAUCUGUACGCCACUGAGUGAGGAACAAUCGGAGAGGUGUAGAAAUGUGCUGUCACUAGUACAGAAGUGUCCAGUCCUGUAUGACCUUGAUUUCAUACGGCUUAGCUGUCAGUUUCUGAGGGUCGAUAUGCAUGCAGAGGCCCUGGCUUGCCUUCUACACAUACCAGACAAAACCAAGAGAGACACUCAGAUUGAUACCCUCUUGGAUACACGUCAUGUUAUUAUCUUAGAUUCUCUGUCUCAACUUAUGGAAAAGAAACAACCCCUACCAGAACAUGAACAUGUUGUCGCUGAAGCUUUCAGACACAUAGCAUCAAAGGGCAUGUAUGAACUCCUUCUAGAGACCAAGCACUUCAUGGGACUGGUCCACCAUCUGGCAAAGCACGAUCAGCUCCAGGAGCUAGUCCAAAGGACAAUACAAGCAGACAGGUUAUCUGAUGCCAUCAACCUUGUGAAUGUUUUUCAUGUCUACUACCCUGUCUCACCGGCUGCACACGAAUCAACAGGCAUGGAGCUCUUAAAGGUCUACCUGGCAUCCCAUGGUCUGGAGGAUGAUGCCAUGAACAUCAUGAAUUUAAUGAAGGAAGAAGACGACGACGCUGAAUGAUGCUUUUAGCUGAAGUGUUCUCCCUUGAAUUUGAUUUUUUACCGAUAGUACUACUUUUGUGCCUUAUCAUUCCUUUGAUUGUCAAGACCAAAGAACAUU